AAAAGUGGUCGCCGCGGAGACUCGUUCCUUCACUUCAGUGUCGACAAGGGUACCAGAGUCCCCCAACGCACAAAACACACAAAGUACAAGACACGAAUUAGAAAAGAGCAGCAGCGUGUUGUUCUAGAUGUAGUCCAUUAGAAAAACCACGUUUGCGCAGAUGUUAAAGCUCAUUAAAUGCCGUCUAAUGGCCAAACAGGAGGACACGAUGACAGAGGUUGAACGCCAUCAUGUUACAAGUGUUCCUCUGCUUAUUUUACAGUCAGCAGUUUCAUCUCGUCCUCCCUGCUUUCACUCCUCCAUCGCUGUCAGGUUAUUCAGAAAGCGAGGGGAAUGUGUGUUUGUGUGUACGGGAAGCCCCCGUUGGCAUUUCUUCACCAAGAACAUCUUCAGAGAAGAACCUUCAGACAAAGGCGAAUAGUGGAGCACCAACAGGGACGCGGGAGAAGGGAGGUUGGACAGGCCUGAAGAGAGAACGUCUCAUUAAAGACCUGGACAGAAACGCUGAGUCAUUGAGAAGAGCUGCUUUCACUGAUCUCCCUGACAGCCUCCUCGCACUCGCCAAAAUAAGAUUUAUUUUGACGCCGUGGACCAAUUGGCGGCGAUGGAUUCCUGGCUUUCUCUAGUCUUCUUGAGUGGCUGUUUUUUGCUUCUUGUGGAUUUCAAAGGUGUGUGUGGGCAGCAGGCGUUUAAGACGGAGCCGCGUAAUGUGACGGUCAGAGCAGGGGCCACGGCUCUGCUGAAGUGUGAAGUGCUGAGGGCCUCAGGGGCCGUGCAGUGGGUUAAAGAUGGGCUGCUCCUGGGACCCCUGCGAUCUCUGCCUGGAUACCCGCGAUACAGCAUGACAGGAGACCAGAAGAAAGGCCAGUACCACCUUCAGAUUCUAGACGUGACAUUAGAAGACGACGGCCCCUACGAGUGCCAAGUGGGUCGGUCCGAGAGCAGUCGCCCCAUCGUGUCCCGUACAGUCUGGCUCAAUGUGCAGAUCCCGUCUUCACAGCCGUACUUCCAGCUGGAGUCUGAGGAGCCGUGGGUGGAAGGAGAGCAGUAUACGGUGACCUGCAUCGCUCCUGAUGCUAAACCUCCUGCAGAAAUCACAAUGUUUAGAGAUGGAGAGGAGCUGCUGGAAAGCGAAUCGUAUACAAUGUCAGGCUCGCAGGAUAAGCUUCAGAACACUCAUGCUGAAGUCACCAUCAGGGCACGAAGCUCGGACGACACGCGACGCCUGACGUGUCGAGCGAAAAACCCUGCUUCACCUCGAGCUCUGGAGACUGGCAUGACCAUGAAGGUUUACUUUCCCCCACAGGCUCCGAUGAUCAUGGGAUUGGAAAACGAAGAGGUCAAAGCCGGCUCCUUUCUCAAAGUGGUAUGCAUGUCGUACGGGGGAAACCCUUUAGCCACUCUGCAUUGGACUAAGAAUGGAGAAGUCCUGUCCACAAGCUGGGAUGUAGACUUUGUGUCCCGUCGAGCAAGCAGCGUGUUAAAAAUGGAGGUGAAGCCGGAGGACAACCAUGCUGUUUUGCAGUGCCAGAGCAUCAACCAAGUUACCCGUUCACCAAUGUCCCUAACCCGCACUCUUACUGUCCUCUUUGAACCAGCUGAGGUAACGUUACUGGGCUCCUUUGAAGCUGUGGAAGGAGAGGAGAUCAAUCUGAGCUGCUCCACGUCCUCCAGUAAUCCACCCGUUCACAUCCGCUGGUGGCUCGGGUUCAAAGAGCUCAACAGAACAGAAGUUACCUUCGCCGAGGGGGAUAAUGGUGGGAUGAUGACGGUGUCUAACCUGACGCAUAAAGUGUCUCGUGAGGACAACGGUCUUUCUCUGCAAUGUGAGGCGUUCAACAAAGGCACGCGGUUCUCUAGCGUUCGGGCUGCAGAACUCAUUGUUUACUAUCCUCCUCAGAAGGUGUGGUUAGAUGCUCCUCCACCAAAUGUCUUUUUACACUCAGGUUCAACUCUUCGCUUAGUCUGUUUCUCCAGUGGUGGAAAUCCUACAGGUCAACUUACCUGGCUAAAGAACAAUAAAGUCGUGCUGACCGCAUCGAAGCAGGUGUCUUCAGAGCGUGGUGUGUCACGAGAGCUGCUUCUCAUCCUUCAUCCCAGUGACAAUUUGGCCACCUACCGCUGUGACUCCUCCAACAAAGCCAAGAAAGUCCUGUCCACCCAAACCAAAUUCAGGGUUCUGUUUCCUGCAGUGAGUGUGAAGAUUGUGGCCAAGCAGAAGGAGCUGCGCAGAGGUCAGACUCUGGAUCUGGACUGUCUGGCCGGCAGCAGCAAUCCCACUGCAAAUAUCAGCUGGAGUCUGGGGCCCGUCAUACUGAAGGGAGUGGACCAGGCUCCGAAAAGGGCUGAAUUUGGUGGGAUGUCCCGGACCAGUAAGCUGUCCCUGACUCUUGAAUCCCAUCACUGGCGGAAGCGAAUCACCUGUCAGGCCUUCAGUAAUGUGCUUUCUGAGGGAGUCAACAAUUUCUACAGCCUCGAUGUGCUCUUUCCUCCAGAGUUUUCAGAUGAGCAGCCUGAUGAAGUCCAGGUCAUUGAGGACGAAACUGCCACGCUUCCGGCCAAAGUCUCUGCAAACCCAGACGAAAUCACCUGCGAGUGGAUCUUCCAGGGCGAGAAGCUUGUGAAAGAAAGAGAUCCUCGUUAUACCUUCAGUGACUGGACUCUUGAGAUCGUGAACGUGUCUCGGCGGGACGGGGGCGAUUACAUCAUCGAGUGCUCCAACGCGGAGGGGAGCAAUCGCACCAAACUCAGACUGGAUGUACAAUAUUCCCCGACUGUUCGUAUGAAGUCUGACCCCGUGUUUGUGAACAUAGGAGACACUGCAGACUUACUGUGUGUUGCUGAUGCCAAUCCCAUCACCUCCAGUAUGUUCUCAUGGAAGUGGAUGGGUGAAGGAGAAAGAGAUGAACUUGGAGAGGAAAGUGAAGAUGACGGCACUGGCGUGUUGACUAUAUAUGAGGUGACUCGUGACCGUGCAGGUGUUUACCAGUGUACAGCAGACAACGGCAUUUCACCUACUGGCAGUGUGGAAGGACAGCUCAUUGUACGCUUUGCUCCAGAUCUUCAGAAGGGGCCACAGUGGAGGAAAGUGGCCAGUCGAGGGGAUGGCAGCAACGAUGCUAAUGUGGUGUGUCAGGCUCAAGGUGUUCCUCGUGUUCAAUUUAGAUGGGCCAAAAAUGGGUUCCCGCUGGACCUCGGCAACCCCAGGUAUGAGGAGACAACCGAGUCGACAGGCACCAUCCACACCAGCAUCCUAACAGUCAUAAAUGUAAGCGCGGCUUUGGACUAUGCCAUAUUCACCUGCACCGCUCACAACAGCAUGGGCGAAGAUUCUCUGGACAUCCAGCUCCUCAGCACCAACCACCCUGAUCCGCCAUCAGACCUGAAGCUGCUCCGUGUCGACCAGACCUCCGUUACUCUGGAGUGGAUGCCUGGAUUUGACGGUGGUUUGACACAGAUCUUCCGUGUCAGGUACCAGUGGGCAGGAUCUGCAAGCUACAUGUAUGUAGACGUGUUUCCUCCAACAGCUACUGUAUAUACAGUCACAGGCCUCAACCCUUCAACUAUGUACAACUUCUCAGUCAACGCUCUCAAUUCAAUAGGAGAGAGCAGCUAUGCAGACAACAACAAGAUCCUGAUGGUCACCACUGCUGAUGCGAAGGAAGCUGACGGCGGGGUCUCCACAGCGGACCAGGACUCGGCUCUUGCAGGUGGUGGCCUUCCUGUCUAUGUGGUGGUGAUCCUGGUUGUGGGCGGUGUUCUGUUCCUCCUGAACCCAUUCAUCUGCUUUCUAUUGGCCAGAUGGAAAAGAAGGCGGAGCCUGAAAGGGGACACCAGCAGCAUUUCACAGGAGACCAAAAGUGAGGAGCAGAGGUCCACAGCGAGCAGCUCGACCCGCUAUGCGAGCAGAGAGCUUAUCAACGCCUCGGCACAGCGAACGCUCCUCGUCGACAGCAGCUCAGAGCCUGACAGCAGCGUCUAUGAGAGCUACGGACGGCAGGAGAAUCCUCAUUAUUACUACCCAACUGAGGCCUACAGUCCUGCCCUGUACGCUCACCCUGAAGGCCCUGAGGAUUACGAUGGCAGACACGGCACAAGCCCUUUCACUCAUGUCUAUGAGGAGGUGAGAGGAAUGUAUGAGGACCUGCAAGCCUGCUCACCGCUGCCCCCUGCUGCACACAUUCAUCCACAAGCGCCGUUUUCCACUUAUUAUGAGGGAAGAGCAUACAGUAAAGCUGAUGUGGACGUAACAAUUGGAGCUUAUGAUUCAAUGGUGUACAGACGCAGAAGAGAUACAGACCUGCCGUUUGAGCUCAGAGGCGAGCUGGUUUAAUAAGGGUUUAUCUGGCGUAUAUGGUCUGCUCAGGUCAGGUUUAGGAGUUUCUAAAACAUUCCUUUUUUUGCAUUGUCUGGUUUUACUUAUAUGUGUUUAAAAUUUUCCUGUUUGAAGAAGAUUUGAUUAGAUAAUUCAUAUUUAAUUUGUUCUAUAAAUAUUUAAUUUGUUUUUUGUUUCUAUAAUCAUUUUAUUUGAGAUAUUUUUAGAUUUCUCUGUAAUAAUCCAACAAAUAAAUUACUUGUAGAGCACCAUUUAAUACGUUUUUUUUAAAUAAGUCAUCUUUUAUUUGUUUAAAACACAAUACUAAGAGUCAUAUUAUCAAAUGCAAUUGAAGUCAGAAUUAUUAGCCCCCCCCUGUUUAUUUUUUCCCUAAUUU